UAUUGCGCUUGCGUGCGUCGAUAGACAUCUGGUUUGCUUCUGCUGCGUUCGUUUCGCUCUUCACGACUCUCCCUGACGUUCCCCCAAUCAUAGGUGCAUCAAGCAGCAGUGAGAUGUCGAACAGUUCAACAAAAAAGAAAGGCCCAGGGCUCAAGCUCAAGGUAGAAGACGGAAAACAGAAUGGCAAGCCACACCAUAUCCAGACACAAGCUAAACCUCCCGGGUUGGAAUCGAGUGGCACGUUGACCGUCGGCGAAAAGGAGUUUGAGGUGAGGGCGGAGGACUUGGAGAAUCAGGGAGAGCUGGGACGUGGAGCGUACGGCGCUGUGUACAAGAUGUAUCACCAAUCGAGUCAAACGAUCAUGGCAGUGAAGAGGAUACGAGUGUCGUUGGAUAGUGUUGAACAGAAGCGAGCUCUCAUGGAUCUUGAUGUGUCGAUGCGAGCGUCUGCCUGUCCGUACACGGUCGAGUUUUAUGGAGCAUUGUUUAGAGAGGGAGACAUUUGGAUUUGUAUGGAGUUGAUGUCAAUGUCUCUCGACAAGCUGUACAAGCUUGUAUAUGAGGACUUGAACUCUCACAUCCCAGAAGACGUGCUUGGAAAGAUAGCCGUAGCUGUUUUGAAAGCACUUGAUUAUCUGUAUUCUAAACUGAAGGUUAUGCAUCGAGAUGUGAAGCCUUCAAACGUUCUAAUCGAUGAGAAAGGUAAUAUCAAGCUGUGCGAUUUUGGCAUCAGUGCCCAACUGGUUGAUUCAGUUGCGAAGACAAUAGAGGCUGGCUGCAAACCGUACAUGGCUCCCGAACGCAUCAACCCAACUCAGCGUGACCAACAGCAGGGAUACGACAUCACUGCCGACGUGUGGAGUCUAGGCAUCACUCUCGCCGAACUCGCACUCGGUCAAUUCCCGUACCCGCCAUGGAAAUCCGUCUUCGAACAAUUAAAGGUAAUCGUUCAAGGCGAUCCUCCCACCAUCCCGGCCGAAAACGACAAAUUCUCGGACGAAUGCAAAGAAUUUGUUCGGCUAUGUCUACUCAAGGACAGCAGCCAGAGGCCGCGUUAUUCGAGUCUACUCGAGCACAGCUUUGUGCAGAAGUACGAGACGGCGGAUGUCGAUGUCGCCGGUUGGUAUAAAGAGAUAUUGGAGAAGAGAGUGCAUGCAUCAUAAUAUCCACGAUAUUCAUAGUCGUUAGAUAGUGUUUAUAGUUGCAGAGUCAAUAUCAUAGGUACAUACUCUGUGAUGACUUAGUCACAUUGAAUAGAUUUUCAGGCGAUUGAUGGUGA